UCAAUUUAAUUUUUUAUUUGACCGUACAAGAUCGGUACAAAAUCGGAGAAUUGUAUGUUUUUUAAAUUUGAAUUUCAACGAAUAAGUAGACCUGCGUAAUAAAAAAAAAAACAUGGGUCGAUAUCAAAAAGCUAUAAACUGUGGUUUAGUGCUAAUUCAAACAUUUGUGACAAUAACAAUUGCAGCAAAAUUGCCUGCCGAUUGGACGAGAUGCAAAAUCAACGAUCCAAGUUCAACAGAAUGCCUUACUAAAGCUGUAGAAGAUGCAAUUAACAAACUUAUAAACCCAACACCAGAACUGGGUCUUGCCUCUCUGGAUCCGCUGCUGAUUCCCGCCCUGACCAUUGGAGCAGGAUCGGGCCCAGUCAACGUUGCCCAGAAUUUCAAGAACAUCAAAUUGCACGGUUUGACUAAAUCCAUAGUGUUGAAUUCUACAUAUGAUGCUCCAAAUACUAGACUUCUUGCGGAGUCUAUUACUCCGAAUUUACGGUUAGAAGCUGAUUACACCAUGAAUGGAAGGAUACUUUUGCUGCCAAUUCAAGGAGAAGGACCUUGUAAUAUUACACUUUUCAACACCCAUAUAAAUCACACCCUCCAAGGCGAGAAGGUCCAGAAGAAGGGCAAGGAGUACAUUCGUAUCGUUAAUUAUACAGUUGCACUCUACCCCGAAAAAGUUGGAUUCAAGUUUGACAACCUCUUCAACGGAGAUGAACGACUUGGUACAGAGAUCAACAAGGUUCUUAACGAGAAUCAAGACGCGGUUUUCGGAGAUGUCAGAAGUGGCUACGAGCAGAGCUUUGGCUUGAUCUUCCAGGACCUGGCCAACAGGCUAUUCAACAGAGUUGCCUUGAAGGACGUUUUUCUUAAUUUCGAAUGAGUUAGAGUAGAUGACGACUGAUAGUUUUAGACUAAGAUUAUGAUUGAAAACAGUAUUAUAUGAAUAAAAUAAGGAUUUGUCGAGAUAA